GCGGACCCCGAGGCGGGCGGCCCCGCGGGCGCGGCGGGAGGCACGUUGUUUCCCUGAGAAGCUGACCGUGUCGGAAUGAAGAGGCGCGCUCUGUGCAGACGACUGUCUGUGGAACCUUUGAAGACAAUAAAAUCAUUUGAUUCGUGGGCUCCUCCGGGCCCCGCGGUGGCGGAAAAUGUUUCGGAAGGGCAAAAAGCGACACAGCAGUAGCAGCUCCCAAAGCAGCGAGAUCAGCACUAAGAGCAAGUCCGUGGACUCCAGCCUCGGGGGCCUCUCCCGGUCCAGCACCGUGGCCAGCCUGGACACAGACUCUACCAAGAGCUCAGGACAAAGCAACAAUAAUUCUGAUACCUGUGCAGAAUUUCGAAUAAAAUACGUCGGGGCCAUUGAGAAACUGAAGCUUUCUGAGGGAAAAAGUCUAGAAGGGCCACUAGACCUGAUAAAUUAUAUAGAUGUCGCCCAGCAAGAUGGAAAGUUGCCUUUCGUGCCUCUGGAGGAAGACUUUAUCAUGGGCGUUUCCAAGUAUGGCAUAAAAGUGUCCACGUCAGAUCAGUACGAUGUGCUGCACAGGCACGCGCUCUACCUGAUUAUCCGCAUGGUGUGUUACGAUGACGGGCUGGGGGCGGGAAGGAGCCUCUUAGCCCUGAAGACCACAGACGCGAGCAACGAGGAAUACAGCCUGUGGGUCUACCAGUGCCACAGCCUGGAGCAAGCACAGGCCAUCUGCAAAGUCUUGGCCACCGCCUUCGACUCUGUAUUAACAUCUGAGAAAGCGUGACUUCCGCCAGCCAGUGGCGUUGACCUCAGGCCAAAGUUCAGCACUUUUCUAAAUUGUCCACUUUUCAGUCUGUAACUUGAGCUGUUACAGAAACGUAAAGUUAUCCCUUGCUCUAGAUUUCCCAAAAUAAACGCAAUGUAUAAAAUAUUGAUCAUUUGUU